AUGAUUAGUCACGUGUACAUACCUCUUACGCCCUACGAGCAAUACAAGUUUGAACAAGUAUACUUUCUCGCCCACGGCGGUGAGGUACAAGUGGCUUUAGGUGUUGGUUAUCGCUACUUUGCGCGGAAGCAGGCCAACCAGCUGGCGCUGACCGGCUGGGUGCGGAACUUGCCCAAUAACAAGGUCGAGGGCGAGGUACAAGGCGACGAGACGGCCAUUGCAACCAUGCUGCAGAAGCUGGACCGCGGGCCGUCAAUGGCCAAAGUGGUGCGGCUCGACAGGGAGGACCGGGACGUCGUCGAGGGCGACGCGACGUUUGAGAUUCGGCAUUGA